AUGAGCCAGCUCCGGACCACAAAGGCUGGACUUGUGGUGUGUGGCAUGAUCUGCGCCUUCUUUUUUCUUUACUUACGAAACCCAAGUCCUGAGGAGGCUGAGGAGGAGCCCCCCACCCCAGAUGUGGUGGAAUGUGGAUUCUAUCCAGAUGAACUGUGCUCAGCUUUAUUUGAGGGGAAGAAGGCAGCCCCCCAAAUUGCACAAUUCUGCAAACCUUCUCCCAAAUCUGAAAUGCUUGCUCAUUUGCGUACACCCGGAAACUGUUCCAGGAUGUCACGGGGUCUGCAUUUCAUAGGCAGGCCCCUGUCUGCAGAAGAGGGGAACUUCUCUUUGGCGUAUAUUAUACAUGUUCAAAAGGAGUUGGCCAUGUUUGUGCGGCUUCUCAGAGCGAUUUAUGCACCUCAGAACGUCUACUGUGUCCACAUUGAUGUGAAGGCCCCAAAGAAGCUUAAGAGUGCCAUGCAAACCUUUGUGGACUGUUUUGAAAAUGUCUUUAUUUCAUCACAGACACAGAAGGUGGCUCAUGGCGGCCUCAGGAGGCUGCAAGCAGAGCUUGGCUGCAUGAGGGACCUCACCCACUCCAUGUUUCAUUGGCACUACGUCAUGAAUCUCUGUGGACAGGAAUUCCCAAUCAAAACCAACAAAGAAAUCAUCCGCUACAUCAGAACCAAGUGGAAGGGGAAAAAUAUCACUCCUGGGGUGAUCCCACCCCUGAACACCAAACCCAAGACAGGCCAAAGCUCCUCGAAGCUCAGCCUUGACGAAAAUACGUACACAUCUCCAAACACACGGUUCAAACAAAAACCACCCCAUAACCUCACAGUUUACUCCGGAAGUCCUUACUACGCACUUACCAGGAAGUUUGUAGGGUUUGUCCUGACUGAUCCCCGUGCAAAAGACAUGCUGCAGUGGUCUAAAUACAUCCACAGCCCAGAGCAGCACUACUGGGUGACCCUGAACCAACUGAAAGAUGCUCCAGGUGCCACACCAGAUGCUGGCUGGGAAGGAAACAUUCACGCCACGAAGUGGAGAACAGAAGACGGAGAUGGUCACAAGGGGUGCACAGGCCACGAUGCCCAAGACACCUGUGUGUAUGGCCUGGGAGACCUGCCUUGGCUCAUCCAAUCACCUGCUUUGUUUGCUAGGUUUGCGCCCCCCACAGACCCACUGGUGGUGGUAUGCCUAGAGAGGUGGCACAGACUUAAAGCCCUACAGCAGGCUGAGGUCCUCGCAGAGCCACACUGGCCAUUUCCCCAGGAAAGCCAUUUCAACAGCCAACCCCACCAUUAA